AUGAUAGGUUUCUUGCAUCUUAAUUACACUUGUGCCGAGACGGUCCGUGACCGUGAGGCUGGUGCGGAAACAAACCGUGCAACUGCUGGUGCAAAGAUUGCAAAAGUCACUUCUGUUUCUCGAGUUGACAAGAGAUCUGAGUGGGGGGUAGGUACAAGUAGUGGACAGGGACAACAAGGUCUUAGUGCUCAAGCAAUGAGUACUGUCACUCAUGGAAAUUCUAUUUCUAGCAUAGGGAAUUUGAAGAACGACCCUGAUCACCUCCUUGUUCUUGUCCAUGGUAUCUUGGCUAGCACAGGGGACUGGACUUAUGCAGAAGCAGAGUUGAAAAGGCGCCUUGGAAAAAACUAUUUAAUUUAUGUUAGUUCAUCAAAUACUUACACUAAGACAUUCACUGGGAUUGAUGGAGCUGGAAAGCGAUUAGCUGAAGAAGUCUUGCAAGUUGUUAAAAAGACAAAGAGUCUGAAAAGAAUCUCCUUUCUAUCCCAUUCUUUGGGAGGCUUGUUUGCUAGAUAUGCAAUUGCUGUUCUGUAUUCACCUGAUACUGAUAGCAGAGACCAAAUAAGUGAUCUAGUAAACAGCAUGACAGAAUAUUCCCCGGGAACAAGUUUUUCCAGAGGAGGGUUAAUUGCUGGGUUGGAGCCAAUCAAUUUUAUAACUUUAGCAACUCCACAUCUUGGUGUAAGAGGAAAGAAGCAGCUACCAUUUCUGUUGGGUGUACCAAUUCUAGAGAAACUUGCUGCUCCUAUAGCUCCCUUUUUUGUUGGUCAGACAGGUAGUCAGUUGUUCCUUACUGAUGGUAAACCUGAUAAACCGCCUCUUCUAUUGAGAAUGGCUUCUGAUUGUGAUGAUGGAAAGUUUCUAUCUGCACUUGGAGCAUUUAGAUGUCGCAUCAUUUAUGCUAAUGUUUCAUAUGAUCGAAUUCCAGUUGGAAUUCCCUAUCACGGCAGAGUCACAGCGUGUCAGCAAAAAAUGAAAGCAUGUAUCCAUAAAUGGGGAUGUAGCAGAGGUUCUUAG